AUGAGUGACGGGCUAGAAGCAAUCAAGUGGACAUCCCAAGAAGCCUUCAACCAGACCCAGUCCAGCUCCCUCCUGCGUGACCCCAUGGAAGGGGAGAACAGCACCAGUUCUACCAGGACCCUGAGGCUGCCGGAUGCAACCAGCGCCGCCUGGUACAUCCUCACCAUCAUUGGUAUCUAUGGGCUGAUCUUCAUCUUCCGGCUGGCUAGCAACAUCCUCAGGAAAAACGAGAGGUCCUUGGAGGGCGUUUACUACUCAAACUUAGCUGCUGAACUCAAGAGGAAAGGGCUUCAGAGCAAGGUGGCCCAGUGUUCGCCACUGAUCGUCAGCAACGCAGCUGUUGGCCCAGAACCAAAGCGUGAAGACAGCGGGCUCCAUGUGGGAACCCAGCUGGUCCCUUGA